AUGGACCAACAACAGGACGCAUAUCUACUACCAGCUAACCCCGAUAAUGGUCAAGCAACAGCGACACAUCCCACUCAACACACGACAACGGGACAUGUACCUGCAUGCCUACUUAGUGCUUCAGUGACGUAUUUCGAGGGUCAGAUCUAUGCAUUUGGUGGAUUUGAUCAGUUUACCGACGAAGUUUACAAUCACGUCCUCCGAUUAGACUUGACCUCGAUGCAAUGGGAGUUAGUUGACAACUUCGGUGAUAUCCCUGGUGUACGCAUGGGACACACUGCCACCCUCUACGGCGACAAGUUGAUUGUUUUUGGAGGAGAAAAUGAACACCGUGACCACCUCGCUGAUGUCGUUAUUCUCGAUCUCCGAACUUUCCAUUGGACUUUGCCCGAAAUUCGUGGAUCCGUUUCUCCCCGCGGAAGAGCCCGACAUUCUGCUGUCGUUCACGACAAUAAACUCUUUAUCGUGGGUGGUUUGACGGGAGAAAGUAACAUCCUCGAUGAUUUGUCUUACCUUGAUUUACAAACAUGGACCUGGUCUCGCAGCUGGAGAUUUACUUCACGAUUUGAUCACACCAUGUGGGUUUGGGAUAAUCGUAUCUGGAUAUUUGGAGGAAUAGGACCCAAUUUGGAGCGCUCGGCCGAUAUCUGGUGGCUUGACCUCAAAGACUAUCCACCAUUUGCCGGAAAUACCCCCUCACUUUCCCGCGUUUCUAGUCCAUCGCAGCCGAUUUCCCCUCGCUCUGGAACUUACACCGCCAAUUCAGCAAACAUCUCUGUCCGCAACAUUCGAAAACCUCUUGCUCCCGGACCUAUCUCUUGCUUGAAGUUCCAGUCCGGUCCAAAUGUUCCAUUACUACCUGCUGGCUUGCAUUUCCAAGCAUAUGCAUCGGGAGCUCUUCUUGACUUCACCACACCGUCAGAUAUCGUGCGAGUGAAGGAUUGCAAAUUGUCCGCUCUAGACCUCAAUUCUUUGCGUUGGCAGGGGGUAGCCACCGGGACUGAAUUUUUAAGCUAUGGAUACCGAUGGCACUACUGUGCAGUGAACGAAACAGGCACUAAAUCAUGGCUGUUAGGUUGUAAUCUAAGCGUGGUGGCGGCCAACACCGACGAAAACACUAUGGGUGAGGUUCUCUCCAUCGACCUCGAGAAAUUUGGCUUUCUUGGCAAUGGUAAAUGUGGAGAAACUCCGGAUUCUGCUGGCGACGCAGUGUGUAGUCUGGGCAUGGAUCUCGCAUACGCUUUUGAUGAUCCCGAAUCCGGUACUGAUUUCAUCAUCACCGCUCUUCGUGAUGAUUACCAUCCUCAUUCUAGGAGUGACACUCCCACGGAGUCACCACCCCAAUCUCAGCCAACAUUUGUGGAGACUAACCCAUCCACAUCUGAUCCCAUUAAUGUCCAUAUGAUCUUUUUGCUCCUUCGAUGGCCUCAUUUCAAGCGUGUCUAUCACGCACAUAUGGCGGAAUAUCACACGAAGUGCAUGCAUAUCCCGGAACCGUACUCGGUAGUACGUGCCUUUUUGUACUACUUGUACACAGACAGCAUUGGCGGGCUCCCCGAGAAUCCCUCGAGUGUGGACGACGUGGCCGGCAUGCUGGUCAUGUCAAAUCUAUACGAUAUGCCAAAACUUCGUCUUUUAUGUGUGCACCGGCUGACCCGCGAGCUUGACGUGGAAAACGCAGCCAUUGUCUGGGAGCGAUCUCGCCGGAGCAACGAACAUAUGUUGAUGUGUCGGGCUGCCUCGUUCUGCCUGACUCAUUGGGGCCGUGUGGUUCGAACUGAAGGUUUCAAAUCUCUCACUCGUUCGGAACUGCUGGAUCUUUGUGAACUGCCAGACACCGAAGGUCGCAUUAUUGAGGGCCCGGAAUUAGAGAUGGUUCGAGAGAGCCAGGCCGAGAAGGCCGCUCAGCAGCAACUCACGACUGAGCUUUUAGAGGGCGACGGAGAUUCUGAUGGAAUGGACGUGGAUUUGGGCUCUUCCUAUUUGGACACGGGGUCGUUGUAG